CCUCAUCCAGGAUGAUGUCGCGUACUGGUAGUUGUGUGGCCCGAUGCAGAGAUGAGUUCUAUUCCACAGCAGACAUUCGAGCUUGAGAACCGCGUGCAAACAUUAGCCUCGACUGAUGCCAUCUUUCACUACGAUGCAGCGGAGCAGAAACGAUUACAGCAAGAAGCGCCAUGGAAGAAGGACCCACACUUCUUCAAAUCUGUCAAGAUCUCUGCUAUUGCAUUGACAAAAAUGGUGACGCAUGCUCGGAGUGGUGGUGCGAUUGAGGUCAUGGGCCUGAUGCAAGGGAAAGUCACGGCACAGGGCGAGAUUAUCAUAAUGGAUUGUUUUGCGUUACCCGUGGAAGGCACAGAGACGCGUGUCAAUGCAGGUGAUGAGGCGUAUGAGUAUAUGAUUCAGUUUGGCGAAGCAAGCAAGCAGAUUGGGCGUCUUGAGAAUGCCGUUGGUUGGUACCAUUCACAUCCGGGCUACGGGUGCUGGCUUUCGGGCAUUGAUGUUGGCACUCAAAGCAACUAUCAAACAUACCAAGAUCCAUUUCUUGCCGUUGUCAUUGAUCCCAACCGAACCAUCUCUGCUGGUGCUGUUGAAAUUGGUGCAUUCAGGACGUUUCCUGAAGACUACAAGCCAGCAGAGGCACAAUCAGAGUAUCAGUCAGUUCCACUCGACAAGAUUGAAGACUUUGGUGUGCAUGCCAGCCGAUACUAUUCUCUUGAAGUCAGCUACUUCAAAUCGAGCCUUGAUAUCAAGCUUCUUGAAGCACUCUGGAACAAGUACUGGGUCACGACACUUUCCCAAUCACCACUUGCCACUAACCGCGCCUACACAACAGAGAGAUUGAACGAUUUGACUGCAAAGCUGAAGCAAGAGCACCAAACAACAGGAGCCAUCGACACGCUCAACUUUCCAUCGGCUGGUACGCAGAACAAGGCUGGCAAUACGGAUACCAUCAACAAGUUGGCAGCAGAUCUCAAGGCAAUUGAAACGGGCGAGAAGCAAGGUCUCAAGACUGCCGAAAUCAAAUCACGCUUGAUGACCAUUUAAGAAGUCGUUACUAUCUUCUUCG